AUGGAGGCGGAUGCCAUCAUUGUGGGUGGUGGGUUCUCCGGAAUCUACUUCCUCCACCGGCUUAGAGACCAGCUAGGUCUGAAUGUCAAGAUCAUUGAAGAGAAAUCAGAUCUAGGCGGAGUCUGGCAUCGGAACAUCUACCCCGGCGCUCGAGUGGAUUCCCCGUCUCCUGUAUAUGGAUUUGGAAUUGAGGAGGUUCACAAGACAUGGACUUGGUCGCAGGCAUACCCAGGACAGGCGGAGCUGCAGGCUUACUUCAAACAUGUGGACUCAGUCCUAUCUAUCAAAAAAGAUUGCAUCUUCAAUACCCGUGUGAACGGGGCGUCUUUCAAUCCCAAAAUUGCAAAAUGGAUUGUCCGUACCGAGGAUGGAAGAACAGCCGUCGCAAAAUACUUCAUCCCCGCAAUUGGCUUCGCGGCCCUGGAGCAUGUCCCAGACUGGAGGGGAAUCGAUUCCUUCAAGGGCACGAUACACCAUUCCUCAAACUGGCCCUGCAAUGGAGUGGAUGUCAAAGGGAAGCGUGUUGCUGUCAUCGGGACCGGCGCAACAGCGAUCCAGAUCAUCCAAGAAUGGGCCAAAGAAGCGGGCGAGUUGUUCGUCUUCCAGCGAACCCCGAACUUGGCACUCCCAAUGAACCAGAAACGCUUUACCCAAGCGGAGCAGAAGCAAAUGGCAGCAGAGACAGCUAGUCUGUUCAAAAUCUCCAAGGAGACAUUGUCAGGCAUGCCCUACCACGCUCCGACCAAGGAGUUUGCCGACUUCACGCGCGAGGAGGUUGUGGAGUUGCUGAACCAGAUCUACGAUGAAGGUGGCCUCGGUCUCUGGGGCUCCUCUUACGCCGACCUUCUGUCAAGCCCCGAGGGAAAUCGAUGCACGUACGAUGUAUGGGCCAAACGGACUCGCGAGCGUAUCCACGAUCCUGUCAAACGCGACCUGCUAGCGCCGUUGGAGCCACCGCAUCCUUUCGGCACUAAGCGCCCGUUGUUGUAA